CAAUAAAUAGUAACUUUUUUAGUUUCAGUUGUGUAUACCCUGAUUAUCAUGGGAUAUGUUUAUAGUUAGAUAUAAGAUUAUGUUUUACAAAAAAUGUAAUUUUUUAUGAAAUCAAAUAUUUUGAUAUCCGAACGCAAUUACAUGAAAUAGAUCAAAAUUACGGCAUUCUUCUAGAUUGAUGACUACGGAAGUUAAAAAUCCUGACGACGUUUUAAAGGGUUUUCAAAUAAACUGGAUCUGUUUGAGAGACGCCGACGGCGGUAAAAUAUUUUGGCAAGGUUCGGACGAUUUAAGUCACUCUGACAUCGAACAUGAAGCUCGAGUACCUAAAACAAUCCUCAAAUGUCGUGCAGUAUCUCGAGAGUUUAAUUUUAGCUCCAAAGAGCAAAUGGAAAAAUUCCGGUUGGAACAAAAAGUAUUAUUUAAAGGGAGAUGUCUUGAAGAAUGGUACUUCGAAUUUGGUUUUGUUAUGUCAGAGUCGACAAAUACAUGGCAAUCUAUUAUGGAGGCCGCACCAGAAUCACAGAUGAUGCCCGCCUCUGUUUUAAAUGGGAAUAUCGUUAUUGAAACUAAGUUUUUCGAUGACGAUCGGUUAAUAACUACUUCUAGAGUACGAGUUUUCUACGUUUAGCAUAUCUUGUAUUAUAUUUGAUUAAGUUGUGUAUCGACUAUUAUUUACUUAUCGUAUUUAAGUAUUUUAAUAAACAUUUUCAUAUCUA